CGGGUAAAUCUAAGAUAAUCAAUUAAUAAUCUUUCAAUUCGAUUGUUGAUGAUUGGGAUUUCAAUCGAUUGAGCAGAUUAACAUCGAUUGUCGAAUUAAAAUCCGAUUACAGAAGGGUAAUUCUAAGAUAAUCAAUUAAUAAUCUUUCAAUUCGAUUGUUGAUGAUUGGGAUUUCGAUCGAUUGAGCAAAUUAAAAUCGAUUCUCCAAUUAAAAUCCGAUUUCAAUAGGGUUAAUCUAAGAUAAUCAAUUAAUAAUCUUUCAAUUCGAUUGUUGAUGAUUGGGAUUUCAAUCGAUUGAGCAGAUUAAAAUCGAUUCUCCGAUUGAAAUCGGAUUACAGACGGGUAAAUCUAAGAUCAUCAAUUAAUAAUCUUUUAAUUCGAUUGUUGAUGAUUGGGAUUUCAAUCGAUUGAGCAAAUUAAAGUCGAUUGUCCGAUUAAAAUCCAAUUUUAGUUGGUUGAAUCAAAACUAAUUGAUUGAGUUGAUUGAUUUUACAAUCGAUUAUAGAAUUUUAAUCGAUUUUAAUCGGAUUCUUCUGGAAAAAAUAGAAGUUUUGUUUGAAAAAUCGGAUUUGUCCGUCGCUAAUCAAAAAUAAUCUGGAUUUUCUUCGGAAUAUUUUUCACUGGGUUGGUGGAGUUUGGAUGUGCGGUGCGAGCGUGGGUGUGGGGUGCAGAUAUGGGAUGCGAGUGUGCGUGUGACUAUCAAUCUUCGUUUCAGCCAUACCCAGAACCACACCCUUUAUUUGUGGUCGUUGCUUUAAUUAUAUAAUUCUUGCUUUUGUUAAAUAUGGCUCGAAUAAAAAGUUUUUUGAAAAAUUUGAAAGAUUUAUUAAGUUAACAUGGAGAGGAAAAGUUUCGUUUUGCGCGUAAGUGUCGUGCGCGGAAAUGUCGCGUGCGCAAGUGUCGGUGAAUCGAUAUAUACAUAUAUACUGUAAAAUAAUUAUUCGAACACUUCGUAUUAUUUGUCAUGUGAAGAAAGUUUCAUAAAGAAUCAAAAACCUUGUCUCGGCUCUGAUUGUACCAUACGAUAGAUUCAUGUCUCUACUUUAUUCUACUCAAAAACAUGUUCUCUCCAACAAGCUUUCAUAGGGUUUUGAAAGAUUUUCCAUAAAUCACUUAUUUUAUUAUCAAAAUAAACUUAUUCGGACAUCAGUAAUUUUUUAUGGGCGUUUUCUACUGCAUCAAAAUAUUUUGAAUUACAUAUCAUUCGAUAAGGUAGGAGAGAAGAUCGAAUUCGAUGGUGGUACGGGUCACCUUCUAAUCGUUCGCGUAGACGCGGACUCUUGUGCCAUAAAUGUAGGUGAAAUGAUCAGUUUGUGAGAGAACGGUGAAGGUGCAGAUCAGUGUGAGCAUCGAUGUCUGUGUAGUUGUCUGUCGCCACAAACUAAUUGCUAGAGCGGUGCGUAUCACAAUAGUUUAAAGCUCAAUCUAUUAAGUAAUUGAAAUGUAAUCUUCAUCAAUCAUUCAUAUUUUACUUCUAUCUCUAUUGAUUAUUUUAAUUUAUCUCUGCAUCACUACAUUCUAGGUAUAACAUUUACUCCUAGCCGCAAACAAAAGGUACUAUAAUAAAGUGAAAUGUGCUGUGAUAGUAAACAAUUUAACAUUCCAUAGGUUUCUAAACUUACAUAAUGAGGAAUUUAGAUUCUUAUGAUUUCUUCUUUGACACGAUUUAGAAAUCUUUGCCAUUUCAUGAUUCUCUUAGUCAAGAUGAUAAUCUAGAUUAUGGUAAGUGUUGUCAUUCUUAUUUGUCACAUUAUCGCUCGUAAUAUACGUAUGAGCAAACUCUCUUUUCAUUAAAGAACUAGCAGUUAUAAAAAACUUCUCACUUUAUCUGGCAGUCUAUUCUAAUAAAGAACGGCCUUGUAUAUUUUUUCUGCUUCCGGUGUACAGUUGCGCUUCUGGUGACAGAGGCAGAUAAUUUUUUUUUCUUCCUAUAAUAACAUGUUGUCAUCAUUUGACUCUUACUGUUGUUAUCAGAAAAUAUUUUGCAAGCAACUAUCAUCAAGCAAAACUAAGGAGACUGUAAGUAUACUUCAUGUUGGAAAAUUUCCCAGUAUCUGUCUCUCGUUUCAUGCAAUAAGUAGAAGGGAAAUAGUAACUUAGAGCACUAUAAAAAGUAGAUCUAAUAAAUAUUUUGACAAAAAAUAACAUCGUUUGCUCGUCACCGUGCUUGGUAUUUUGUAAAGCUACUAUUCAGGUCACUUGAUUUUUAUCUUCAUAUUAUUCUCUCUUUUGUGUAUCACAGAACUACUUAUCCAGCUACUUGCACGGACCUACAAAGUUAUCAAUGAGAAUCUGGAAGUAUAUAAGCUAAAGAAAUUUUAUGACUCUUUCUCUCGAUUGGCUCUAAUUCUAUCACAAGUGGCGAACGUCUGAAUAAUCUGUUUUCGUUGUUUUCGUUCCAAAUGGUUCAUUCUCAAAAGAGAUACAAUCUUUUUUUUAUAAUUAAAUCGGAAAGAAUGAUAAGCUAGAUGUAAAUGAUAGUUUUUUUUCUCUUAAUUUUGCAAUUAAUACACAGCUAUUUGAUUCAUUCAUUAGCAAUCUAAAGAUAUUCUCGCUAUUCCAACUUGCUGUAAGUAUUUAUUCUUUUUCAUAGCUAGUUAAUCUACUGCACACCUAUUUGAUUCAUUCAUUUGCAAUGCAAAGAUCUUCUAGCUAUUUCAACUUGCUGUAGCUAGGGUGUAGGGUGUGGGUGUGGGUAGGGAUGCAACAAAUCCAUAGGAUUGGAUUUGGGUUUGGGUUUGUUUACAUGUUAAAUUGCAUGCACCAAAUCCCAAAUCCAAAUCUUACUGCACCCGUAGGUGUGGGUGUGGGUGUGGAUUAACUUGUCACCAACAAACACACCCACAUCCCACAUCCACACCCUUCUUCUGUACGAAAAGCAUUAUGUUUAUACAUAAAAUCAUCUGAUAAAUUUGAUUGAUUUAAAUUAUCUAAUAAAUUUUUGCACGAUCAUUUAAUUCAUGAAGUGCAUGACUAUAAUCUUCAAUUGGUUUAACCAAUUGCUGGUUGUUUACGUAUAAAUGUUUGUGUUGUUAAUUCAUCUUUACCAUGUUCGUCACUCAUCAUAUAUAACUCUUGUUCACUUAACCAUGCUUCAGCAUCACUCGAAUCAUAACAAUAUUGAUAAAGAUGUUCUAAUAAUCCAAUUGGUUGUCGAUGUUGUUAUUGUUUUUUUGAAAUCAUUAUAAUUAAAUACUAAUUGUUCUAAACGUUGUUCGUGAUUUUCAAUUUCUUUGAAUAAUAUUUCAUUUUACGUUUUAACGAUUUAAUAUUCAUAAAUGUUUGUUGUUUAUUAUUAAAUAUUAAAUCAGAACAUGAUGAAAGUUGUCAUAAUAGUACAGCUAUUGAAAAUAUUAAAAUGUUUAUUAAUGAUAAUAAAGAUCAAUCAUCAAUGACAGAUACUGAAAUUAAAGAAUCAUCAUUUUCUCAAUUAGAAACAUUAGAUAAACUUCAAGCUGUUCAAUUAAUAACAGCUCGCGCUAAUGAACGAUUAACUGUAUAA